AUGGGACGCCUUAAUCUCAGCUUGGCUUUGUGCGGCACCAGGGUCCCCAUCUCAGUCAGGGCCUCGAGCUGCUGCUGGGUCAAGAACCUGCGGCAGCGAAGCGUCCCCAUCUCGGUCACGUUCCAGUUUCCCGUGGAACUGAGCGGGGUCCGGGUGUGGGACGCCUCUGAGGUCGUCCCCUCCAAGCCACAGCUGGCCCAGUGCACCAGUGAGGCUGAAACACCCGGUUCAAAGGACUUUGUGAAGCAGAUGAGCAAGCACCCCCUGCUGGAUUGCUCCGUGGCCACCUGUAAGAAGAUCCGGUGCAGAAUCACCUCCCUGGAAAUGCAGCAACCACUGGAGUUUGUGAUCAAAGGGAACGUCAGCUUCCAGUGGGUCUCCCAGGUAUGAGAGCUGCCUCUGCCUCCUGGCACCAGAUGAGAGAUCCCCCUGCCCCCCAUGUGAACAACUCCUCUUCCCCUCCCCAGAGGUUGCUGCAUCUCAGUGCUGGGCAAGCUAUUGCCCCAGU